AUACCAUAGAAGAAGAACUCUAGCUAGCUGAAGUUAAUAACAACACUCGCUGCAGCGUAUAUAAAUAUUUGGCUGCAGUUUCCGAGACGUUUAGCUACCACCUGUUUGCGUUGGUUUGUAGUAAAAACCAAAACUAGCUACUUGUUCAUUUGUCGAAAUAACACUUUAUACACGUUCGUUCAAUAAUAUUUAAACCAAUUUAGACUCAGAUUCACAUUUUUGUAUCGCUAGCCAGCUAACGUUAACACAAUAAGGGCCUUAACUAGCUAGAGUUACUGUAACGUUGAUAGCUUGCCGUUUUGAACGCGAGAAUCUAAGGCUUGCCUGCAAAAACUUGGCCCUGUUCCAGCGGAGAAAUAUAUUUUUUAUAUAUAUAUUUAACCAACUAACUAGCUAGGUAGAAGUCGAGUGGUUUUCAAAAUGAGGGGCGGUUCGUCGUAUGGAGAUCGGGACAGGGACCGUGGUCGCGACAGGGGGUAAGUCAGGCAGCUAACUUAGCUAUUUACCUGGAAACCCGAAGAUUAAUUGCAUUGAUUUCUACGUCAGCAUAAAUUUGCGUUUGAAUCAGGAAAGUUUCCCCAUACGACCUCUGCAAGCCAGAAUUUACCGGUUGGUUCUUUUGCAGGAGUCCUCGUUUUGGGUCUAGCAGAGGUCCCCCUCCCAACAAGAAGUUUGGGAACCCAGGGGAGCGUUUGCGCAAGAAGAAAUGGGACCUAAACGAGCUUCCAAAGUUUGAGAAGAACUUUUACAAUGAACAUCCAGAUGUCCAGCGCAUGAGCCAGUAUGACUUGGAGGAGUUUCGCAGGAAGAAGGAAAUCACUAUCAGGGGGUCAGGCUGCCCGAAACCUGUCAGUAGCUUCUCCCAGGCCCAUUUUCCCCAGUAUGUGAUGGAUGUGCUGAUACAGCAGAACUUUAAGGAGCCCACAGCUAUCCAGGCACAAGGCUUCCCUCUGGCCCUGAGUGGCAGGGACAUGGUGGGCAUCGCACAGACAGGUUCUGGGAAAACCUUAUCGUAUCUCCUGCCUGCCAUUGUGCACAUUAACCACCAGCCCUACCUAGAAAGAGGAGACGGACCAAUCUGUUUGGUUCUGGCACCAACUCGAGAGCUGGCCCAGCAGGUUCAGCAAGUGGCGCAUGAAUACGGAAAGUCAUCACGCAUCAAGAGCACCUGUGUCUACGGGGGAGCGCCCAAGGGACCCCAGAUCCGGGACCUGGAGAGAGGUGUUGAGAUCUGCAUCGCCACCCCGGGUCGUCUCAUUGACUUCCUGGAGGCAGGGAAGACCAACCUACGGCGCUGCACCUACUUGGUGCUGGACGAGGCUGACAGAAUGCUGGACAUGGGCUUUGAGCCACAGAUUCGCAAGAUUGUUGACCAGAUUAGGCCUGACAGGCAGACCCUGAUGUGGAGUGCCACCUGGCCCAAGGACGUGCGGCAGCUAGCAGAGGACUUCCUGAAGGACUAUGUCCAGAUCAACGUGGGAGCCCUGGAGCUGAGCGCCAACCACAACAUCCUGCAGAUUGUGGACGUGUGCACGGAGAUUGAGAAGGACAACAAGCUGCUCCAGCUGAUGGAGGAGAUCAUGGCUGAGAAGGAGAACAAGACCAUCAUCUUUGUGGAGACCAAGAAACGCUGCGAUGAUCUGACCCGCAGAAUGAGACGCGAUGGGUGGCCAGCGAUGUGUAUCCAUGGUGACAAGACUCAGCCGGAGAGAGACUGGGUGCUGACAGAGUUCCGUAGUGGCAAGGCUCCUAUUCUUAUUGCUACUGAUGUGGCCUCACGUGGUUUGGAUGUGGAGGAUGUCAAAUUUGUCAUCAAUUAUGACUACCCAAACUCCUCUGAGGACUACAUCCACCGUAUCGGCCGUACGGCCCGUAGCACCAACAAGGGUACGGCCUACACAUUCUUCACCCCGGGCAACCUUCGUCAGGCCCGUGAGCUGAUCCGUGUGCUAGAGGAGGCCCGGCAGGCCAUAAACCCCAAGCUGCUGCAACUGGUCAACACUGGCCGUGGAGGAGGAGGCAGGUCACGUUUCCAUGGCAACGGCUCCAACGCAAACAACCCCAACCUGAUGUAUCAGGAUGAGUGCAACCGGAGCAUGCGCACCGUAGGCAGCAAGGACAGCCGGGGGAGCAGCGGCAGCUUCAGCCGCGACAGCCGAGAUGGAGGGAGCAGCCGCGCCGGGGACAGGUCGUCCUCUUCCUACAGGGACAGGAGGGACAGCCGCAGCUAUGGCUCCAGCUCCUCCUACAACCAGUACAAGUCCGGGAGCAGCAAUGGGGGGCAAGACCAGUCAGCGGGACAGUUUAGUUCAGUCAGCAGGUCCAGUCAGCCCCCUCCACCCCCCUCAGGGCCGCAGCCCCUCAUGGCCCAGAAGUUUACCCCAACCCAGCCCAUGAUGGGAUUAAUGGGGCACUCGCCUUUCCAGUUUGCUCCCCCACCCACUCCAACCUCACAGAGGAAGUAAAGCUGGGGCUAGCCCUCACCACACAUGCAUACAAUCCCCAACAUCAACCAGAAAAGUCAGUUGUUUUGAGAUUCUGGAGUACUGUGCUUGAAAUCUUGGCCUUAGCUGACAUAAAUCCAGAGGUGUUAGAUUGGUGAGCGUUAAAAAUAAAGUCAGCCGAUUUGUUGUGGACGUUCAACAUUCCAAUAAUGAACUUGCCUGACUAACAAGUAGUUAGUGCUUUGAAAGGAUUUUUUAAAGCAUUAAAAUAGCUGUACAAAUGCAGAUUGUCCUUUGAGUAGGUCGACCACGUUUGUGCUGAAAGGUGAUGAAAGCAUUUUUGAAGUGCCGUCAAAUUUGUUUCAUGUUGUUUUUCAGCUUUAGUUAGUUUGUACAUACGUGAUUAUUUUCCCAUUUAGAAUUUCUCUGUUAAAGGUGAUCAGUAAUUCAGUUCCAGGACAGUAUUUUGAAAUAUGGGUUGACAUUUCCUGUCAUGAGGUAGUUAUUUGACUUAUGUAGGUUACAUUAUUUUUAAUUGUUUAUUUUGUGGGAUCAUUCCAACCCCUCGGUAGCCGAACCAUAUGAUUUCAUUUUUGUUUCAUGGUCUUGGGAUAUUGUUUCUCUAUUGAACUCUGUAAACCUGUCACACAUGCUUGUUUCUUCCUAGUGUAGGGAUGUAUAGGUUUGUGCUUCUCUGUCCCCAGCUGUAGUUGAAUCAUUCUAGUAUGUAGACAAGACCAACCUGUAAAAUCAAUUUUUUACUGUCUGGUUUUGUUUUUCAGGUUUCAAUAAAGCUUUUGAAUGUUUAAA